AAAGAGCUCCGUGGAAACAUCAACGUGUGUUAUGGUGUGUUAGAAUAAAAAAAACUGCCAUACUACAAACUCAGAAUUACAUACUUUUGCGGUUGGUAAUUUAAGUGCGUAUUAGAAGUAUACAAAUUGUGUUUCAGGGGAAAAUUCCCAUCAUUGUAAACGUGGCAAAAAGAAACGUUUUCAAACAAGCAGGACAGCAUUCCAGGUGAAACCUGAGAAAUUCUGAAAUCUGGAGGUUUUAGAGAGCAAACAUGGAGUUUAUUAAAGAGGAGAUCGAAGACACGAGUUAUACAGAGGAACAAAGAGACAUGAUAAAAGUCAAAGAGGAAAAUCAAGAACUCAGUGAAGAGGAGGAAGAGGAGGAAUACCAGUUUCAGGAUCCUUGUAAUUUCUCAACUGGAGAAGAAUCUUUUAGUUUCACAGAAAAUGUAAAGAGUUUUUCAAAAGAUACAGCUCAGAGACCAGGAGCCAACAAUUCUUUCAUCUGCCCUGAAUGUGGAAAGAGUUUUGCACAUAAAGGGCAUUUUAAUGAGCACCUAAAAAUCCACACUGGAGUGAAGCCAUACGUCUGCCCUCAUUGUGAGAAAGCUUUCACAUGUAAAGGACACCUUAAAAGGCACAUUAGAAUUCACACUGGAGAAAGACCUUAUACAUGCUCGGAGUGUGGAAAGAGUUUCAGAUGCCCAGCAAAUCUCAAAGAUCACCAGCGCUCUCACUCUGGAGUAAGAGCAUUCAAAUGUGAGCAGUGUGGUAAAAAUUAUAUUUCGGCAUCAACCUUAAAUGCUCACAUGAAAACUCAUUCAAAUGAGAAGACUUAUGUGUGUGCUGUGUGUGGAAAGGGUUUUUUCCGCUUGGCAUGUUUACAUGCACAUCGCAAAGUACAUACCGGUGAGAGAUCUCAUAUAUGCUUUGAGUGUGGGGAUACUUUCAUUAGAUCCAAUGCCUUGAAACAGCAUCAAAAAAUUCAUACUGGAGAGAAACCUCACAAGUGUUCAUACUGUGAAAAGGGUUUCACUCAUUCAGGAGCCUUGAGAAGACAUGAGAGAGUGCACACUGGAGAGAGGCCAUAUCACUGCACUGCAUGUGGCAGGAGUUUCACACAAUCAAGUGAUUUGAAGAAUCAUAUAAAAAAGCCUUGCCCAAUGUUGUCACAAACUGCACAAAGUUCAUCUACAGUUGCAAUGUGAAUUGUGUGAAAUUCACAAGAUUAAGGUGUAAUUCUUUUGAAAGUUGUCUAAUAUGUCCUGGUCAUAUGAUCUUCUUUUGGCUGGUCCCGUUAGGGGUCACCACAGUGGACCAUCCGUGAAACACAUAUUUGACUUGGCACAGGUUUAUGCCGGAUGCCCUUCCUGACACAACCCCCAGUGGCUGGCCAUCGGGAGAACCAGGACUUUUCCCUUGGUGGGCCGAUCACAAAAAGGGGCCAAUCGGGUGGCGAUAAGCUGAAACGGGCUGCCACAUUAUGCCAAACGUGCUGCGACUGGCUGAAGAGGGCCGCAAAACAUUGCCCUGGGCCGGUUUCUCUUCCCAGUCUGCCCCUGCUAACGGGCAUUCAAAUUAUUUUGCAUCGUUACAUUCUUUUCAGGAAACUCCACCCCCAAUUAUCAUAACUGUAAUGCAUCCAAAUUAUUGGUGGUGAUUUUGAUUAGUUUUAGGGACUCAAUUCUUCUAAUUACGUACACCAAAAAUAUUUGUUCAGAUGCGUUCACUGACCAGAUCUUCAAGUUAUGCCUUUGUAUCUUCCUUCACGAGCCAUUCGCGAACAAGUUCACAAACGACAUUUCAUGUCAUUCAGACUCAAAUGAUUGACUAGUUCAGUGAAGGGGCGUACUUGUUCAGCAGGUCAAACCAAUGAUAUUCUCCUUAACAGUGUGCACUCAAAUGCUAUUGGCUUGUGCUGUGGUCAGUUUUUACAAGCAUAAAAAGCAGUAGAGCUCAUAGACAUAUGAGUCAGUGUAUGGAGGUGAACGAGCAUGAUUCGUUCUCUUAAAAGAUUCAUUCUAAAAGACAGAUUCGUUCAUGAACAAAACAUCACAGUCCAGAUGUUUUACAUUUCAUAUUUCCAUUGUUUUCAGUGAUGAUGAUUAUUGCCACAACACAGACAUGUUUUACUGUAGGGUACAACUGGUUAAAGGCUUUGUGGUGUAAAAGGCUCCUUUCAUUUUAUUUUCUCCCAAAACACUAAACGGCAUCAAAAACUACCACAGGACUUUCCAUGAAAUCAUUGCAUGUGGUGUCUAAAGGUUGAUUUUGCAGCAAUUUGAUCUAAUAUUUAAUAUUUUUUAAAAUGGUUGUAAAUUUAUGUAGCUAAUGAAUAUCCUGGAAAUUAUCACAUGUAUUUGGGAAAAAAUACUUAUUUGUCAUUUUCAAUGUUGUUGAAGGUGAUUUUAUAUAUAUAUAUAUAUCAAUAACUGUCCAUUAUGUGAAAGAAUAGUAUUUGGGGUAAAAAGCUCCACUGUUGCAGGGGCUAAAGGCCCCCAUAAAACAAAGUGGGGUGAAUUAUGAACAUUUUUCAAAGUGGACUCACAUUGACUCUCAUAUUAGAGAUUAAUUUGUUUAUAGGAUACUUGAGAUUUUAUGAAAUGCCAAAUGUGAUGAAAAUGAACUAGAAAUUCACCCUUGGUCAUUUUGAAUAAACCUGAUCUUAAUUUGUUACUAAAAAAAGCAUCUUGCUGUCUCAAAAGUAUUUGCACAAGUUG